CGAGUCGACGUGCGCGCAACUACCACCGGUCACGCGUAUACUUACGUUUAGUUGUAAAAAAUAUAUAAUAAAAUUGUGUGUGUUUUCUAAAAAAAAUGGUGACAAUGAAAAAUUUAGAAAAUCAAACUAACAAAAAUGAUGUGCCUAACAAAACUAUGGAGCCGCCAAAGAAAAAUCCCCCGGGAAUGUUUUCGCGGUUAUUUUUUAUAUGGAACUUUCCGUUGUUCUAUUUUGGAUAUAGGCGUGAUUUAGAGGAAUACGAUUUAGUGCCAGCGAGAACAUUAUAUGAUUCGAAAUCAGUCGGUGAUGAAUUAGAAAGAAAUUGGUUGGAGGCCGAAGCAGAAAGCCGAAUUACAGGCAUUAAGCCUUCAUUUAUAAGAGUACUUUCAAAUACUUUCAUAUGGUCUUUCCUACCCGGGGGGAUACUGCAGUUUUUAUAUGUCGGUUUGAGAACCGUAACUCCACUGCUGUUUGCACAGUUACUUAAAUACUGGUCAGUAAACUCUUCUAUGAGUCAGACGAAUGCCGCCUACUUUGCAGCAGCUAUGGUAGUGGCAAAUUUGGUUGCAGCUUUUUUCAAUCACCAUGGAAAUUUUUAUUGUCAGCAGUUUGGUAUGAAACUGAGAAUAGCGACAAGCACAUUGAUGUUCAGAAAGAUAAUGCGAAUGAAUAAUGGAGCUCUCGGUGAGACUACGGCGGGGAAGGUAGUGAACUUGCUGUCGAACGACCUUCAACGUUUUGACCUGGCCUUCCUAUUUCUACACUAUGUCUGGAUUAUCCCCAUACAGUUAAUAGCGGUUUGCUAUCUGGGAUACAUUCAGGCAGGGUACGCUGCACUGAUCGGCUUUGCUGCACUUCUCAUCAUUGCACUACCAAUUCAAGGUUUUCUUGGUCAAGUGCUCGGUAAAGUGCGGUUCCGCACUGCUGAAAAGACCGACGAGCGUAUCAAAGUCAUGAGCGAGGUUAUUAAUGGAAUACAGGUAAUAAAAAUGUACGCCUGGGAGAUACCGUUCCAGAAAGUAGUUGGCCAAAAAAGGAUGGACGAGCUAAAAGAAGUGAAGACCGCUACCAUAUUGAGAACAAUUUUUCUCGGUUUUAUGAUCUUCACAGAAAGGGCGGCCAUGUUUCUCACUAUCCUAACUUUUAUACUGCUUGGAAGUAAUAUGACAGCUAAUAUUAUAUACCCACUGCAGCAAUUCAUAAAUGCAGCGCAAAUCAAUAUCACGCUGAUAUUACCACUGGUGCUUUCCUUUACGGCCGAGCUUAUUGUGUCCUUACGAAGAGUACAAGAGUUUUUGGAAUUUGAAGACAGACCCGACCUAGUGGCAAUCUCGGCCACGCCACAGUCCCACUUGUUUCGAAAUGUCACGGGCAGCUUCAGGGAGUCCAAGAAGUCGAUCCAGCCGCUCUCAUACCACAUCAUGCCAGAAGCGGUACUUUCAAAUGGACUUAAUAAAGGUUCAAUAGACAGAAGGUACCGCAGAAGCCUUUCACUAUCCAAUGACACUGCAGUGGAAAUACGUGAAGUAUCAGCAAGUUGGACGGGCGACCCAAAUUUCCUGGCACUCAAGAACAUUUCACUACGUAUUCGCAAAGGGAAACUUUGCGCUAUUAUCGGUGCUGUUGGAUCUGGGAAGUCUUCCGUUCUACAACUGCUGCUCAAGGAAUUGCCAGCAGCAACUGGCAGUGUUUCCGUAUUCGGGGAAAUGGCGUACGCCUGCCAAGAGGCGUGGCUUUUCCCGAGCACUGUUCGAGAAAACAUAUUAUUCGGUUUGCCUUAUGACCCAGAGAAAUAUAAGAGGGUAUGCAGAGUAUGCGCUUUGGAGAAGGACUUCAAACAGUUUCCAUACGGCGACCAGACGCUGGUGGGCGAGAGAGGGGUGUCUCUAUCGGGGGGGCAACGCGCCCGAAUCAAUUUGGCACGGGCCGUCUACAGAGAAGCCGAUAUCUACCUUUUAGAUGACCCAUUGUCAGCUGUAGAUGCGAACGUAGGCCGUCAGUUGUUCGAUGGCUGCAUCAAUGAGUACUUACGUGGACGAACGCGCAUCCUUGUCACGCAUCAAAUACACUUUCUCAAAGCGGCCGACUUCAUCAUUGUGUUGAAUGAGGGUGGUGUAGAGAACAUGGGAACAUUUGAUGAACUUGUAGCAUCCGGAAAAGAGUUCGCCCAACUACUCUCCUCAUUGCAGGAAGGCAAGGAAAAAGACACUGCUAGCAUUGGCUCAGGGAAACUGGAAGAAAAAGAAAGGCCAGCAAUGUUGAGAGCGAUGUCAACCAAAUCCGGCACCGAAGAAGAUACACGACAAUUCGAAGCACAGAAAAUGGCUGCCGAGGAGAAGCAAUCCGGAAACUUGAGAUGGGAGGUUAUCUACUCGUAUUUCACCUCGGGAGGGAAUAUUUUCUUCAUUAUUUUCACCAUGAUGAUGAUAUUAGCUGCCGCUGCAUCAGCAUCGGCUGCCGAUUAUUGGAUCAGCUUUUGGGCAAACCAAAUGGCAAUUUUUGAGGAAGCAGCUGGUGGAGCUCCUAUUGAUAAGGACCUUAACACUCAAGUGGGUCCGUUUACGACAGGACAGUACAUUAUCAUCCAUGGAGCAAUAAUCUUCGUUAUAAUACUUAUCACCCACCUUCGAGUUAUACCCUUCGCAAAUCUUUGCGUUAGGGCCUCGCAAAAGCUCCAUGACCGCAUGUUCUCGACUAUGAUAAAGGGCAUCAUGCGAUUCUUUGAUACGAGUUCUUCCGGCCGUAUUCUCAAUCGUUUUACUAAAGACAUGGGUGCCUUGGACGAAAUCCUGCCCAGAACUUUGUUAGAUGUUUUCCAAAUAUACAGUACACUUAUAUUUAUUUUGAUCCUUAACGCAAUAGCCUUGUAUUGGACACUAAUACCUUCAGCAGUAUUGAUGAUUAUUUUCUAUUUCUUCGUGAAGAUAUAUUUAAGAACUGCACAAGGUGUUAAGAGAUUAGAAGGGACAACAAAAAGUCCCGUGUUUGGCAUGGUGACAUCGUCUCUUAAUGGAAUUGCAACUAUCCGAUCUGCUGGUGCCCAACAAAGACUUGUCACUGAGUUCGACAAUCACCAGGACCUACACACCGCCGCAUGGAACUGUUAUUUGGGUGGCGGCAGUACAUUUGGAUUUUACUUAGAUACAUUGUGCCAAAUUUAUCUUACGGUGAUCAUCUUCGUGUUCUUAUAUAUUGACUUUGGCGAUCUGAUACCAGUGGGCAGCGUAGGGCUCGCGGUGACGCAGAGUAACAUGCUAACAGCGAUGCUGCAGCACGGCGCUCGCAUGUUGGUGGAGUUCCUCGCACAACUUACCAGCGUCGAACGUGUUCUUGAAUACACUCGCAUAGAAACCGAGGCUAACUUAUACGAAGGACAACUGGAUUUGCCUCCUAAGUGGCCUUCUCAAGGUCGAAUUAUAUUCCAAAAUGUAAACAUGAAAUACGCCCCCGAAGAAGAUCCAGUACUGAAGAACUUAAAUAUUUCUAUUGAAAGUGGAUGGAAGGUUGGUAUUGUUGGUAGAACGGGAGCUGGCAAGUCAUCUCUAAUCUCAGCAAUAUUUAGAUUUGCUUUCAUUGAUGGUAAAAUAAUGAUUGAUGGUAUUGACACCUCAUACCUAGGCAAGCAGGCUUUAAGAUCCAAGAUAUCAAUCAUCCCUCAAGAGCCAGUGUUAUUUUCUGCAACCAUAAGAUACAAUUUAGAUCCCUUCAAUAUAUACAGCGAUGACGAUCUUUGGAGAGCUUUAGAACAGGUAGACAUGAAAUCUGCCGUUCCCUCUUUAGAUUUUAAAGUAACUGAAGGAGGUGCGAACUUUUCGGUUGGACAAAGGCAAUUGAUGUGCUUAGCGCGAGCAGUUUUACGUUCAAACAAAAUACUGAUAAUGGACGAAGCCACUGCAAACGUUGAUCCACAGACUGACAAGUUCAUCCAGCAGACCAUUCGUCAUAAAUUUGCAUCGUGCACCGUUCUAACUAUUGCUCAUCGCUUAAAUACGAUAAUGGACUCCGACAGAGUUAUAGUUAUGAACACCGGAGAAGUAGCGGAAUUCGACCAUCCUUACAUUCUUCUCUCCGAUCCCAACAGUAUAUUUUCCUCAAUGGUUAGAGAAACUGGAGAAAAAAGUAGUGAAAAAUUAUUUGAAAUAUCUAAAGAGAUGUAUUUCCAAAGCAAUAUGAACGAGAAAUAAUUUUACAAACAGUAUGAGCAUUGAAUAGAAGCAAGCGCUACUUAGCGGAACUAUACGGAGAUAUACGAUGAAGCUUAAUUUGCUUCAACAUACGAGUAGAUAUCGCAACAACCAGACAAAAAAAUUGAUACCACAACCACAGAUUUUACAGCGUAAAUUCUGAAAGCACGUUUCAUUCUUGAUUUAUACACGUAGAAUAACGAAUUUUCUUAAUGCACAUUGUUUUUCCAAAAUCUUCAUACAAGAAGACAGACUAGUUUUUUUUUAAUUGGGUCUUGGAAUAGCCACCACAUUUUCAUUCAAAGGGAUUUGGGGACGGUUUGUAUUGGACACUACAGUUAUUAUUAGUAUCAAGAUAUUAUUAAUGGCACUCUACAGAUUUGUUUAGUUGCAGCGAGCUAUAGCAAAUUAGGCUUAACAUUAUUUAAGAUGUAUUUUAACACAGAAUCAGUAUCCCAUUCAAUACAUAUUAAAUAAAGCUAGUCCACUUUCCCAGUAUGUUUGAAAUAAACAUCAUCAUCAUCAUCAUUAUCAGCCCAUUACCGGCCUAUUAUAGGACACGGAUCUUCCCUUUUCAUUAAGUGAGAAAAAAAAUUAGGCCGCAGUCAACCAGCUGACUAAGUGCAGAUUGGUAGACAUCGCAUGCCUUUAUUAAAUAAAUUAUGGAGAACUUGAGAGUUCUCUUGAGAAUUUUCGUUUACUGUUAAAGCACGUGAUAUUUAAUUUAAAAAAAAGCAACACAACCCCGAAAAUUUAUGGUUAGGUUAGUUUAGGUCAGAACUCGGCUCCCCCGAAAGGGACCACUUGGCUAUAACUGCUUUUUAAAUAGUUUAUCUCAAAAGUACUGAAUAAAUUAUUUCAAUCUUAUCACCAUGUUAAAACAAAAGAUCAUACCUCUUGGUGAUGGUUUACUUAAUA